UCGUUCAUUUGAUCGUUGACUGUUGAAGUGAUUGUUUCGUUGUGUGAUUUUUUUUUAACGUAGCUUUUCGAAUUUUCAACACACGUUUUACCGGCUUGUCAUUCGACUUGUUCUUUUGUUUGAUUUUUUUUUUGAUUUUGAUUUCGUAUUACAAAUAGUAAAAAUGCCGAGCACCAAAAUUGAUUCUCCCGAAGUUGAACCACAACCACAGGUUGAAAAGGUUGAAACUACUCCUACCAAGAAACCAAUUGAAGAGAAAAAAGUAGUUGAAGUUGAAGCUGAAAAAGAAGCCAAUGGUAAUGCUGAAAAAGACACCGAAGAAAAUGUUGAUGACAAUGGCACAAAAGCUGAAGAAACCAAUGAGGAAGCUGCUAAUGGUAACAAAGACAAGGAACAAGUAGAAGAACCAGAAGUCAAAGAAGAUGCCGAAAAAACUGAAGAUGAUAGUGAUGGUCCAAAAAGGAAAUCCAUUUCGAAUGAAGGUGAAAAAACCGAAGAAACAACACCAAAGAAAUUGAAAACUGAUUCCGAAACCGUAGAAAAAAAAGAAGAUGGUGAGGAUGUCACUUCUUCGGCCUAAAUCAUUCAAUGCUUGGACACGCUAAAUAUAACAGACACACACACACAAACACACCCAUACUUAAUCCCUUUUCAUUCAUAACCAUUUUCAAUUCAAUUCGUUUAAUGUCCACACACAUUUAUUAAAAAAUUUGUAAACAUUUAAAAAUUCCAAAAAAAUAAACUAAACAUUUGUCAUUAAUUUAAAGUAAUUGAUUUCUAAAAAUAAAGAUUUGUUUUUGUAAAUAAAUCUUGUCUCGUUGAUUUA